CUCCACCCCCCGCCAACGCUCCUUCAGUUCCCGCCGCUGUGUGACCAGGACCGAUUCCGGUUAAAACUGUUUAAUGAAUAAAGUAACAUGGCUGGACAUGAAAUAUUGUAUAACUGCAAGAAUCCUACUGUAUGGAGGUCUAUCUUUGCUCUCUAUGGGGAUGUGGUUGAAGCAAAGGCGAUGGCAUCCAAAGGGAAGAAAGCAGGGAAGCUGACUGCACUGGAUAAAUGGUAUCAAGAAGAAUUACCCGAGGCUAUCUGUAGUCGUAAAGAGAAAUUCCUCACUCACACCGAACUGGUUCAGUUGAUGGAAUGGAAACUCACAAGGGGCAAGUUCCGCCCAACACUGCAGCAGAUGGUAAUGAGUAAUUCGAGGGACAGUGUGGAGGCCUGCACAUGUAAAGCUUUCAAACUGCUUCCUGAUGUUUCAGCUGCAAUCACUGAGCUCAGUAAACUGAAAGCAGUGGGACCUGCUACAGCAUCGGCUGUGCUUGUGGCUGGUGCUCCACAAGAAGCUGCGUUCAUGGCAGAUGAAGCAGUGGAGUCAAUCCCUGGCUUGGUUCCCAUUAAGUACACACUUAAACAUUACAUCCUGUACCUGCAAAAAGUGAGGGAGUGUGCCACGCAACUCAACAGCAAUGACUCAGUGAAGGAUUGGACCCCUCACAGAAUUGAACAAUGUCUUUGGACCUGGGCUGUGGGCCAACAGGUCAAUCCUUUGUUGCUGAAGGGUGUCAUGCUCCAUCAGAGUAAAACAGUGGACAAAGAAAAGGCCACAACGGCAAGACCUGUCAAAAGGCAGAAAACGCAAUGAUGAAAGCAGCCAUCUCAUGAGUGAGAAGUGUUAAAUUCUAGCUUUACACACUUGAUUGGUGCAGGAAAUAGUACAGAGGGUGGAAACUAUUCAGUAAAACCCUAGACUCAAGAGUAUAGAAUUUGCAAAUCAGAGGCCAUGGAUUCCCAGGCUGCAGACUCAGAUUUGCCAAUCCUGGGAUCAGCUGCAAGGCCUCUUUAAAGGGAUGUGAUUUUUUUUUUCCCAGUGAGCAGGGCCUAAUGAGUUCAGAAGCAUGAUUAUUGACAUCAACAGAACCUGCAAAAUGGUAGGUGGUAUUGCUGUAUAUGCACAGGUUAUUCUGCUGUUUGAUUUUCUCCCAAACCACCCAUCAACUGUCUUCCAUUCCCCACAUUUUUCACUCUAAGGCCAUACCUCAAAAUAGGGUCACAGAGCAGAAAAAAGGUUUAAAAAGCAAUGCAUGAUAUUGGAAACAGAGGACAGGCAAAGGAUGAUAUUCUCCCCCAGAGUCAUACAACAUAAAAAUAUCUUGCUCUUCAUGAACAAUUGCUUUAACUUGAAAGUAUUACAUGUAUAAAAUUUAUAAAGAACAUAAAAUUUAUAUAUAAGUUUAUAUUAUGUGUACUUGUUUGGCUGUAAAAAUGGCAAAAUAAUCUCAAUGAACAAGAUAGUGGACCUAUCAGUGGGUCAGUAGCAAUUUGAAAAAUGAUAAAAAAAAGUCCAGUAAUUUUUUUGCUGGUUUCUGCUGACCUUGGUAACCUGUCCCAUCCUUAAUUGGUAGAACGAGUGAUUUACAAGCAACUAUACUCUUUAUUCAGCAACAAUGUGUACUUGCUUAUUGACAUCACAAUAUGGCUAUUAAGACACUUGACUUAUGGUCCUAAAGGAACAGUCAAGGUUAAAAACAGCUUUGCCUUAGUAAAAAGGAAUGAAGUGUGUGUUACUUGAUUUAUUCUGCUGUCAGUGCCCUCCAAUGCUAUUGAAGAUUUGCUUGUACAGGCUAAAAAAAAAUGAAUUGGAGCUGAUGUCUCGGGGAGUUCCAUGUUUUCCAAUAUAAUGAGUUAACUGUUUCUGAUCCCAUUGCUUCCAUUCUCUGAAUGCUACAGGUGCUUUGUGUAGAGUGACAAAUGUUGAAGUGAUAAUUGUGCAUGGGCAUUAUGUUGGCACUAAUCCCAGUUUCUAUCAUAAAUAGCCUCAAAUAAACUUAAGGUUCCAAACUAGAGAAUGCAUAAAGUACAAAUAUAAAAAUGUAACACUUCUUUCAGGUUGUAGAUUUUUGUUUGAAGUGUCAUCAAUAUAAUUUAAUGAAACCGCAGAAAUCAUUAAAUUUUUGUGCAUGAAAUUCAGCGCAACCUGCUUACAAUAAAACCAAAUGUUGUACUUUAUGGAGCAGUGAAUUAUAUUAACAAUCAUUGAAAACUCAUGGCUCCAUUGUUAUGAGGAUGUGGGUGUACUGUACCUUUAAGAGGGUUAAAAGCAACAGAACUACCUGACAGAACAAAGUGUUCUGAAAAGAA